AUGGUUUUCGCAGAUACCUCUGACGUUACUGCAUCGGUCAAAAAUGCCUUACGCCACCUAAAGCAUUUAGGUGAGUGUUUUCGGGAAAACACAUUUUCUGAAAAGAAUGUCAAUAGCGUUGACAAUGUUGCUGAUACAUUAUUACAACUGGAACAAGAACUCAUUAAACUUUACAGUGAAUAUGAAGCACAAUCGAUCGGUGCAAGUGCAUUAAGACAUCGUUUAAAAAUAUUACCAGAUGAAUAUAAAUUGGAAAUCACUUCGGCUGUUAAUUGUGCACGUGAAUCAAACACAUCAGUUAUUCAUCGUCUUCAAAAUGAGCUAGAUGCACUUCUAAAACAAUUGAAAGAACAUAAUGAACGUGAUGCAUCGUUAAACACCGAAAUAGUGGUGUUACAAGCAGAAAAAAAUGCAUUACAACAACGAUACGACGAAACGAUAGCAUUAGUUAAUCAGAGAAUGUCGGAUAAAGCCAAAUUACAAAUCAAUUUAAAUGAAACAAGGGAUACUGUACGAGAAACAAAUCAAUAUACUUACGAUCUUGAAGAAGAUAUAAUGGCAUUAAAAGAAAAAUUGAUACAAGAACGAAACAAUGCUCGACAAGAAAAAUCAAGAUUGGAAGAAGACAUCGCAUCGACAGUGAAACGUAAUGAUCAACAAGAACGAAUAAAUCGUACAUUAAAAAAAGAUGUUGAUGUUGCUAAUCAGAAAAAAAGUGAAAGUGAAAUGCAAUUACGUACGAUGUAUAGAGAACGAGAAAAAUAUGAAACAGAAAAUGAACAAUUUACAAAAAAAAUACUCGAACAAGAAGAAUUACUACAAUUGGAACAAGAUGAAUGCAAUCGUUUACUAAAAGAAGGACUUCAAUUGACACAUUCAGCUGGUGAAGCUUUGUUAAAUUAUGAAACUAAAAAACAAGAGUAUGAAGAAAGAGCUCAAACUGCUGGUGAUCGUGUCACAGAAGAAACGGAAGCAUUGAAAAAUUUGAAAGUUCGUCAUGAUGAAGUUAUCAAGCAAACAGAAGAAAAUAUAGAACUAUCUAAAACAGUACAAGAUGAAAUUGAAUCAAAUGGAAAAGAGUUAGAAGAACUUAAACGGGAAAUAGCAAACAAAUUAGAAAAAACAGCUAAACUUAAUUUGGAUAAUGCCGAAACAAGCAAGGAAUUAGAGGCAAUGAGAGAAGCUCAUCAAAUGGUUGUCGAUUCUUUGAAAUUACAAACAGACGGAGUUGAAAAACAAUUAAACCAUCUGAGAAGUAUUCGUAUUGCAAAACAAAAGGAACGUGAACAAUUAUUAAAAAAUAUUGAACAAAUGCGAUCGACAACAAAAAACAGUAUCAUACAAUAUAAUCGUUUUAUUCUACAAACCACAACUAAAGUCAAUGAACUUAGUGAAAAAAAAACAAUUCUUGAUCGUGAUCUCAGAGAAGAACAAUUGCAAGUGAAUGAUUUCGAUGACAAAUUAAAAACAUUAAAAACAGAAUAUAGUGAUAUGAAAGUACGGUUUGAACAAGCAAUUCAACAAUUGGAGGAAAGUACAAGUCAACUUAUUUUAUCAAUUGAUAAGAAUCGCAAACGAGUUCAAGAAACACAGCCUGGCUACAAUUUAUUAUGUGAAGAAUUUGAAAAGGUGACAUCAAUUUAUGAAGCUACUAAAGAAUCUAUGAUUGAAACAAAACGUAAAAAACAAGAGUUUGUUGAUAAAA